GAAGGGAAAAAACCUCUCGACUCCCGGCGACAGGAGGCCGGCGGCGGAAGCGUGCGCGGCAGCGAGCGUGCGCUGCAGCUGGGCAGCUCCGAGGGCGGAGGGGCCGCGGCCUACGGUACGGGCGUGCAAGGGCGCGGGGGAAGGCACUGCGGCGCGGCGCGAGUGCGAGACGAGGUGGAGGGCGUGCGGCGCGGGCACUGCGGGGUACUCGCCUACUCGGGCAGGGCUUGCGGCGUCGCGGACGUAGCGGCGGCCGGCGGCGUGCUGUCUCCAUGCGCCCGCGACCCACUGCCCAUCAAUUAGUUAUUCCCGUGCUGUCUCGUGAGCAGGCCUGCCCUUUGGGGUCCGGCGUGAUCACGAAAAUCGAGGUUGCACGAGAAUCCUAUUUGGCCCUGUUGAUCCUGCGCAUGCAAGUGGGCAUCCAUCGGAGCUGCUGGUCAUGGCCGUCGCCUUGGACGUCCACUCCUGCAUCCAGCUCCUCCGCUCCUGCAGCGCCGCCGCCGGCCGGCAGCUCCACCAGCUGCUCCUCAAGUCCGGCCACGUCCCCUCCUCCCUCCCGCCCGCCAACUCCGUCCUCCUCAUGUACGCGCGCAGCUCCCCGCUCCACUCCCGCGACGCGCGCCUCCUGUUCGACGAAAUGCCCACGAGGAACUGCUUCUCCUACAACUCCCUCCUCACCGCCCUCUUCAAGUCGGGAGACCUCCGCGGGGCUCUCCGUGUGUUCCGCUCCAUGCCCGACAGGAACACCUUCUCCUGGAACGCGGCGAUUACCGGCUUCGCCGCGGCUGGGGAUCUCGACACGGCCCGUAACCUGCUGGACGAGAUGCCCGUGAAGGACGCCGUGGCUUGCAACGCUGUCUUGCACAAAUAUGUCCGGUGUGGCCGGGUGGACGAGGCAUUUGCUUUACUCAGGAGGAUUGGUCCGCGGUGCGAUGCUGAAAUGAUCUCCUCGCCCUGGAAUGACCCCUUCGUGCUUACUACAGUUGUUGGCGCUUGUGCUGACCGGGUGAAGUAUGAUUUUGGGAGGCAAGCUCAUGCCCGAAUGGUGGUUGCCAAGAUCGAAAUCGAUUCGAUAUUGGGUUGCACAUUGAUUGACAUGUACUGCAAGUGUGGGGAUUUGGACUCUGCUCGCCGCGUCCAUGAUGGAUUAGAACAUGUUGAUGAAUUCUCACUGUCUGCUCUGGUCCAUGGCUACACAGCUUGUGGACAGUUGCAUGAGGCGUUAUGCCUUUUUGAUAAGGUGGAGAACCCCAGCGUUGCACUAUGGAAUUCUCUUAUCAGUGGUUGUGUGCCUGCUUACCAUGGAGAUGGUGCUUUUAUUCUUUUCGUAAGGAUGUUGCGGUCAGGCAUGUUGCCUAAUUCUUCAACCUAUGCCAGUGUUCUGAAUAUGUGUGGGUUUCUAGGCAUGCUGAAGCCUGGGCAGCAGGCACAUGGGUGUGCUUUAAAGGGUGGGGCUGUCAAUGACUUGAUAGCAGCAAGUGCUCUCAUUGACUUCUACUCAAAAUGCAGCCUCUGGGCAGAUGCCUGUCUAGCUUUUAGUGAGCUUAGGCAUUAUGACACCAUUGUGCUCAAUUCAAUGAUCACUGUAUACUCGAACUGUGGACGAACAGAUGAGGCUAGAAGAGUUUUUGGCAUGAUCCCUAGCAAGAGUGUCAUAUCAUGGAAUUCUAUGAUUGUUGGGUUCAGCCAAAAUGGGCAUGCUCUUGAUGCAAUGGAGCUAUUCUGUGAGAUGCAUCGGCUUGGCUUCCGGCUUGACAAGGUUGCUAUAGCCAGUGUUCUGAGUGCAUCAAGCAGCAUCUGCUCUAUAAGUUUUGGGGAGCAGAUUUUUGGUCUUGCUAUUGCACUUGGCCUGCAGUCUGACCAUAUUGUAGCCUCCUCGCUCAUUGACCUGUACUGCAAAUGUGGCAACUUGGUCAAUGGAUGCAGGAUAUUCUAUGGAAUUGAUAGUCCAGAUGAAGUCUUGUGGAACUCAAUGCUGAUAGGUUAUGCUUCUAAUGGGUAUGGACAGGAGGCACUGGAACUUCUAAAGUUAAUGCAAAGCAGGGGUGUGAAACCAAGUGAACGGACCUUUGUUGGUGUCCUUUCUGCAUGCUGCCAUUCUGGACUUGUGGAAGAGGGUCUGAAAUGGUUUUACCGGAUGAAGGAAGAUUUUGGUGUGAGUCCAUCCGCUGAGCAUUAUGCAUGUGUGACUGACCUGUUAGUCCGUGCAGGUCGACUGGAUGAAGCAGUUGAGUUCAUAGAGAAGAUGCCUUUCAAAGCUGAUGCAAUUAGUUGGACUUCUAUUAUGGGAGGGUGUAAAGCCCAGGGCAAUGAGGCUCUCUUGCACAAGGUGGCAAAGAAACUGAUGGAAACGGAAGUGUCACCACAUUCCAGUUUAUACGUGCAGCUGUCAAGUGCACUUGCAGCUCAAGGGGAUUGGGCCGAGUCAGCAGAGAUUAGGAGUAUGAUGCAUGACAGAAGAAUUUCAAAAAGUGCUGGCUGCAGUUGGAUUGAAAGGGCAUAGAGGAUACAGCCAAUGUCACCCUCCUGCAGGCAUCUUGGUCCCUUUUCUUCUAGGCUCUUCACUAUUGGAUUUGGUUUCUAAAUGGGUUCUUCUGCUAAUCAGGAAGUGGUAAUAAAUAAUGAUCCUGCUAACAUAUGUGCUUUUGAUCAUAGUUUCCUAUCUGAUCUUUUGCUGCUUCGUUUCAUUUUGUUUUGUUGCAGCGAACUACUAGCUAUUCAACUUUUAGAGGUAUAUCUUCUGUUAUUCUAUCGUCUGAAACAGUGUAACUGAAUUGAAAACCUAUUUAUCCCACAAAAAAAGGAGGUUAUGAGCUUAAAAAAGGUAUAUUGUUUAGGAGGUGGAGUAUAUAGCUCUUUAUUAGACCUUGUUCUCAACUAUAUAAUCCUGAAAUAACUUUUAAUAAGCAAACUAUGCUUUGUCUGUGUUAAUUCCCUUGCUUUAUCACAUAUUACUCUGUCUAGGGUGGUCAAUUUUUACAUUACAUUCUGGAAUUCUACCAUGCUGUACAAUGUUAUUUGUUUCUUUUUGGUUCUUGCACUUGUACAGUUUUUUUUUCUUUUAUACAUAAUAAUAUAAUACCACAGAGCACAGAUUAGGGCCUCUCUUGCUGUUUCCACUCAAAACAUUUGUCUGUCUAUAGAUUUGUAACAAAACUUACAACUUAGAUCACUUCCUUUGCUGCUGAUGCUGCCCUUCCUUACGCUAAUACUUUUUUGUUGGCCCUACAUAUUAAUUGUUAUUUGUUAAGAAACCACGGGGUCUACUGACCCAAUCGCUCUUUUAACUCCAUGUUAACUGUAGUUUGGAGCUCAACUUAUGGCAUACUGAAGUUAUUAUGUCUUCAUCUGGUUUGUAGAUCCUGGAAACUUCUCUAGCAAGGAAGCCAUUUUUACUGAUAGUGGGGCAUGUUAUGGUGACUUCCAUGCCCCGUGGAAGGGAUCUAAGCAGGAACAUCUGUAGGUCCAAACAACAAAAUAACUUAUUGGACGGGCAUUGGAUAACAUGGGUUUGCUGCAUCUGGUCAAAUAAUGUGCAGUCAUAGUAUCUAUGUGACUACUAAGAUUAUCAUGAGAACUGAGAGGUACUGGUGCACCAAGAGUAUUUGUUCAGUUCAAAGUUGAGCUUUACAAGAAAAUUGGGACCUUCCAUUGGCACUCAUCCAAAUCCCUCUCACCAGCAACUCAUGAGCACCAAUGCAGCAGCCACUUCCACCUCCACGGCGGCCUCCGGUGCCUCCUUGGCAUCCACCAUGGGCCCAUGAUUCCUCCACAUCGUCUUCUUCAUCGGCAUCCACCUCUUGCAGCAUAAUGGACUCUUGGUAGGUGAUGCAUGAUAGAGGAGGAAGAUGAGGUUGAUGAACUAUUUUUGUUAUUGUCCAUCUGAAAGAAAUAAGUCAGAACAAAGCACACAUAAUGCAGCAUCGGUUUAAUUGAAUCCAUUGGAUUUACUAUGUUUGCAUGUGUGUACAUGCCAUGCACGCUUUAAUUGUCUGAACCAUGUCAUUUGGUCUUAUUCUUGUAUGUGUGCAUAUUAUGCUGUGCACACAAUAUUCAGUGUACUACUAGAAUCGAUUUGUUGAUCUAUUGCUUGCGAUGUGGUUGCUUAAUUGCUUUCUCGUGAGGAUGUAUGUUCUUAACUUUGCCUCGCAUGACUAUGCCAUGUAACGAAUUAUGUUUAUAUAAGUAUUAAAAUUCAGAACA